ACUGUGAUCGUCGAUAGCUGCCCGGAGAUUUCGCGAACAGAGCGUGUAGGUUUCCCUUUGCUCGAAGCGAAGCGAGGAGUCUGCACUACGACGACAAUUCUUCGCGGAAUUUGACAGAUAUUGGAAUUGGUGCGGGUGUCAUGGCAGCCAUGGUGAAUGCGGUUGCAACCACCAGACAUUCUUCCGUAGUUGCAGCUCCCCUGUCGAGCGCAGCUGUUCGCUCGUCCUCCGCGUCUUCUUCCCUGGCAUUUAAAAGUUGUACUAGAUCGUCCCCAAAGUUGGUGGCGAGACGUACUGCAGUUGUGCGCGCAGCUGUUGAUGUGUCUAAGAUCGUUCCCCAAGCUGAUAGGAUAUUGAUCAAGCUCGAAAGCCUCGCUGAGACAACGUCAGGUGGGGUCUUGCUUCCAAAGUCUGCUGUAAAAUUUGAACGGUAUCUGCUCGGAGAGGUUCUGGCAGUGGGAGCUGAUGUAAAAAAUACCGAGAAGGGAAAGAAGGUUUUGGUGGCUGACAUCAAUGCUUAUGAGGUGAACCUAGGGACUCUGGAAAAGUUAUGCUUCGCGCGAGCCUCCGACCUGCUUGCAGAAGUACAGUAAGAAAAAGUUAUGCACCGUCCAACGCUCUUUUUGUAGCUUAAGUGUUCCAUGAGGCGAAGAGGUCGAUGAGGAGAAAGAGAUUAGCAUUGUAUGUCCCAAAAUAAGGGUGUAAUAGCAGGAACCGCGUAAACACGAUAUAUGACCACCAUUGCCUAGGUAGAAGCUCUAUUCAUGGUUUCAGAAUAUUUUUUGGCGUAUAUCUCAAAAGGAAAAAAUUUCGAAUGUUUCUGGGACGGGGAUGACGAUUGCAUUCACUCAAGUAUGCCUGGUAUUCUUUUAACAAAUAGCUCGUCCACUGCAACAAUAUUCUGGGAUAUGUAUAUUGGGUUGUCUCUUUAGGCCGUAAAUCCGUUUAGGAUUUCGAAUUUCUGAUACUGGAUCAUCAGGUCGUAGAUCGAAAGACCUGUCUUCUUUCUUCGAAUACCGAAUCCAGAUGCUUGUGAUAGAUGUUGUCCGUACUUGCUAUUUAAAGUCAAUCCGAAAUUGAUACCACAAUUACCGGUCCUUGAAAGUAAUUGCUAUUCCAGUC